UGUCGGGUCGUGGGCACUAAUAUCGUCGCCAUCACAGCGACGGGAUCGCGAUCGUCUUGCGUGGUGCUGUCCGCGCGCUUCGUGUUUCCAUUAUUUCGUCGUGGAAUCGACGACCGGGAGGCUCUCAUCGCGGAGUCCGAGCCUUCCCUCCCACGGAGCCAACCUGCCCCGAGUGCUUCCCAGUCGCGGAUUUUUCUCCUGGGAGGCCGACCUGUCGUCCUCCUUCCUCGCUCCUCCUCAUCCUCCCGCACUCAACCUAACCAACCACCCUCGUCACGCGACAGCAGCAUCAGUGGACGUUCCUCCGCACGUCCGUCGUCCUCGCGACCGCGCGUAAGCCGUGCUUGCGAACGUACGAGGCAUCUCCUGGGUCUUUCGAAGUCGAAAACUUUUGCCACCGUCGAUGAACAUGGCUUAUUGAAAAAAAAUGAAGGGUCUGCAGGAAGUUUACGUUUCUCCAUACGGAGGGGACCACCUCAACUCUGUCUUCGCGAUCGUCGGCGCUGUUGUUUGUAAGGUCGGGGACGGCUGGGACGGCCGCGGUGGUUCGUCGCUUCUUAUUGAUAAUGGACAAGAAGGCAAAGUAUCAGCAGCCCAACGCCAAGGGAACUGUUGUUGAUACGAAGAAGAAUCAAGAUGUCGUUAGCUCCAAACUUUGUCCCAAAUCGUCACGUAGACGUGAAUCGCCUGGUGCAAACAGUUUUCCAAAAAAUGAUCAGCCAAGGAAGUCGAAUGCACAGAAAGCAAAAAACUUUGAUAAGAGACCAAAACUUAAAGGACAUUAUCAUGGCGGUUCAAAGGAGGAUUCCAAGGUAGCUGAAAAUGAAUCGGCUGAGCUUGGCUCGGUAAUGGCCCAAGGAAGUAAAAAGCAGAAUUUGAAUCAUCUGCUGAAUUUUAGUUAUACGCCACGAUAUAUGCAAAGUGAGUGGAAUCACGGGAGGAUAAGCAGUUACAACAACUACAAUUAUAAUCGCUGGCUUCCAGCCGUUCAGCGACACAAAUAUAAUAAAGAACAAUUUUUACAAGCAAACUGCCAAUUUGUUGUUACUGCCAAAGGAGAUUAUUCCCUUUAUUUGAACGAUCCCGAUAUUCUGAUCGACUGGAAAUUAAUAGAACAGAUUCGAGUUCAUAACUCUGAGAAUCUACUGUGUCCCAUUUGCUUGGAUUUUCCUCUGGCUGGGAAAAUGACACGUUGUGGCCAUGUGUAUUGUUGGCCCUGUAUACUUCACUACUUAGCAUUAUCAAAUAACUCUGGGCGCAAAUGUCCUAUCUGUUACGAAUUUGUCAAUAAAUCUGAUUUAAAGAGCGUUGUGGAAAUAACCAAAAAUGUUUUAAACAUCGGGGAUCAAAUUUCUCUUCGUCUAAUGCGUCGAGAGAAAGGAACAUUACUCGCAGUGCCAGUUGAUAAUUCUGAGCGCUCGCCGACGACAUUUUUAUCCGUAUCCGAAAACAUUAACCAACACGUUUAUUCAAAAUUACUUCUAGCUGAAGAUGCCGAUAUAAUGGACAUUAUUGAAUCAGAGCGGAGUCAACUGAAUAUUCAAUUAUUAGAAGAUUCUUAUUCGCUGGAAAAUUGUUUCAUCGAGCAGGCUUGUAAUGAAUUAUCAAUCAGGGAGCAACUUCUUUUACAGAAUAUUAGUCCAAUCGAUAGCAAAACAAACAACGAGCCCACUUCAGCCAACGAAAACAUAAAAUGUAGAGAGAAAAAAACAUUCGACUCCAUAAAAAUUCCAAAUAAUUACACGGAAGGUGCGAGAAUUCUUCAAUUAAUGGACAAUUUGAACUGCGACAAUGACGAGUCAAAAAGAAAGUCGCAAAAAUUUUACUUUUUCUACAGGUUAAGGGAAAUUUACUUGAAAUUUGCAAAAUGCCAAAUAAACACUUCUGAGCUUGAAAUUUACGUUUCGCUUGCAGCCGUUGGUGGACAAAACGUGUAUCUUCACGCAAUGAAUAUCAAGAUGUUAGAAAUGCAGUAUGGUAGUUUGGAAAAAAGUCCCCAAGUGAUAUCUGGUACAAUAAUAGAGAAAGAAGUUGGCAGCCUUACGCAUGAUUUGAGAAAACGUAUGCGAUAUCUUUGUCACCUACCAGUAACAAGCCAAUUUGAAAUGGUCGAAAUAGAUCUGCAGCCUCCGAUUAUAUCGAAAGAAGUUUUAACAUACUUUGAAGGUCAAAUUUCUUCGCGCCAGCAUGAGAGAAAGCGUCGGGAGAGAGAGGAACAGAAGCGCGAGAAAAAAAUUACCGAGGAAGAAAAUAAGCGUAUGGGAAAGUAUCCAAAGCCAAAGGUUCAUAUUGAAUCACACAAACAUUUCCCCCAGUUUCAACCCGAAACAGACGCAAUUAAUAUACCAUCGUCUUUGGAGUCAGUUGCUGCAUCGAGUGCAGCAAGUAGCCCAUCUACCUGUUCCAUCGAUGACGUAUUAACAAAAUUGGGCGAUGAAGCCAAUAACUCGUCGACUAUGGCCGAUCAGGGCCCAUCGUUUGCCCAGAUGUUGCGAACGAAUGGAUCGAAGAAAGCCGCCGCUUGGUCAACGCUACAUAGCUCGAAAAAAGAAAGUUACGAGACUUCGGUGACCCCAACCGACUCAUCAUUCGCAGCUGAUCUUGAAUUAGACGAAUACGUACCUCCAGCUUAUAAUCGAAAUUUAGGAGAUGCAUUGGCACAAGCCUUGGAAAAGUCUGAUUUGCUGAGUCAUGGCGACAGACCAACCGAUAACGUCAACAACGGCAAAAAGAAGAAGAAAAAAGGAAAAACAACUGUACUGUUUGCGACUAAUAUGGCACGAACAUCUUAAUUUGAUUAGAUGAUACUUUAGAUUCUAUUAACUAUUUCUAAAAAAAAUUGGACUUAUUCAAUAUAGUUUUUAAAAACAAUCACAAACAAACGUGCUCAAUAGCAUAAAAAUAAUGCUCUUCGUAUGUGCGUGAGACUUUAUGUAUCCCCGAUGAUAUUGUAUUGUGAACGAAAUUUUUGUUGCAACUUUGAAAAUAAAAGGUGGGUUACGAAUUUAAAAAUAAAUGCAUUAUUAUUAUGACAUUGUACAUUCUACGUGUGCCAGAAAUCUCGAUAGGCCUGGCGC